CAUGAGUGAUAAAUGUGUUUGAAAACGAACACAAAAUAAGACAAAGGAGUAACUUACAUGUUAGAGCAGAGAUGACUGUACAGAGAGCCCACAGCAUGUUGUCAGUUUGUGACUUCAAUCUUGUUUAUAAUGACACUGUAAGACGAACCUGUUAGUGAAAGAAGACAAACUGAGACUUAUAAAGAGUCUGAGGGGAGAAAACAAGGAGGAGAGGAUUCAGCAAUUUACAUAAAUUGAUGAGUAGAAACUGUACUGUUCAGACAAGCUUUACUUUUUUUAAGGUUUUAGUUUUAACUUUAACUUGACAUUUCUAAUUCAAUUUAAGAAAAGCAGUCAAUAAAUCAGACUGUGACUUCUAUUCUAAUGUUCUGGACAAUCUCAUUUUCUAUUCUAUCAUUUUGUAAUUCCUUGUCUUCCUGAUGUUUGUGCUUACUUGUGUAUUUGGGUCACCACAGUUGUUUUAUUAGUUUUCUUGUCAUGAUGUUUGCAAAAAACAGGCAGAAUUCAAAUUUAUUUUAUUGUCAAUGUUUGAAAAUCAAAAAAAAAAUAUUUGAAACAAAUUAUAUGUUUUUCUGUGAUAAGUCUUUAUUUAUAUUUUGUUAAUUGGAUUAACACAUUUAGUAAUCAAUUUGCCAAGUAUUAAUGACAAUAUAAAAAUGGCAGUAAAAACACAUUCCAAGACGUUUUAACAAAAGCAGGACGGUAAAAAACAUUAGUUUUAUAAAAGACGUGACAAAAUAUCACCUGUCUGUUCAAUACAAUAUUGGCUACAAUGAAUUUGAUUCAAAAAUGUCUUUCAAACUGUGAGGUUUAGAGCUCCUCCUCCUUUCUGUCACUCUCAGUUUGUGUUGUAUUAAAAGCCUCCUUAUAGUGCAUCCUCCUUCAUCUACUAAAGUAUCUCAUCUGUCAUCAGUAAGAUCACUUUACUCAUUUCAAGAUCAUUCUCAGCCCACGCUGACAACAUGUUGGGGACCCUCUGCACUCUCAUCACUGCUCUAACAUGUGUGAGCAGUGUGACCGUGGUGACACAGAAGCCUCCUGUUGUGACACUGAGGAAAGGAGAGACAGCCACCAUGGACUGUAACCUGGGGAGUGUUAGUGACAGUCGUGUUCGUUGGUACAAACAGAUUCCAGGAGGAGUUCCACAUGAGGUCACUUUCCACAUUCCAAGAUCAUUCUCAGCACACAUUGACAACAUGCUGGGGACUCUCUGCACCGUCAUCACUGCUCUAACAUGUGUGAGUGGUGUGACUGUGGUGACACAGAAGCUUGCUGUUGUGACAGUGAGGAAAGGAGAGACAGCCACCAUGGACUGUAACCUGGGGAGUGUCACUGGCAGUGGUGCUAGUUGGUACAAACAGAUUCCUGGAGAAGUUCCACAGUUUGUACUGAACUUUCAUCGGAGUGAUAGCUCACCACGCUAUGGUUCUGGGUUUUCUUCUCCAAAGUUCACAUCUACUCAUCAGUCCACAACAGAUUAUCGUUUAAUAAUCAAGAGUGCAGAAGAGUCUGACUCUGCAGUUUAUCACUGUAAGACAUGGGAUGGCUCGGUCAAUAAUUAUGUAUUCGGACCGGGAACCAAGCUGAUUGUCACAGGCUCCACUCUCCCUCCUCCUGUCCUGACCGUCUUCCCUCCAUCCAAGGCUGAGCUCCAGUCCAACAAAGCCACUCUGCUCUGUCUGUCCACUCAGUCUGGACCUUUUGCUGAUGUGAACUGGUUGGUUGAUGGGAAUCCAGUGAGCAGUGGGAUCUCUACCAGCACUGCUGUUCAGAAACCAGACCAGACUUUCCACAUCAGCAGUUCUCUGUCCAUCCAGACAUCAGACUGGAACAUGAACAAGGCCUACGUCUGCAAAGUGUCUUUGGGCUCCCAGACUGCAGAGAAAACCAUCAACAAGUCAGGAUGUCCUGCUGACGAAUAGCAGAAGAUCUUAAUCAUCAUUUAUAAUCUGUUUUGUUUCUGUUUGCUUCUUACAUAAUUUAGAAAACUUGCUUCUCUAUUUAGUUUUUAUUGCU